UCUUUCUCAAAAAUCAGUUUAUAUGUAUGAGCUUUAAUAUGGUUCGACAAUAAAUGUGCAAAGUUUGUAGCUAUCAUGUUUUUAGCUAAUCAGAGAUAUAUAAUUGUCAAAGUCUUCCUCAAGUCAUCUUAGGUGCUUAAUGUAAGUAAACGCUCUUUCCCAAACAGGGCUGUUUGGUUGUUAUACAGCCCUUUACUUGUGCAGAAAAUUGAAUCAAACAGGGCUGUUUGGUUGUUAUACAGAUGGUUUUUUCAUUUGCAAGUAAACACUCUUUCUCAAAAAUUAGAGAUAUAUAAGCUUUACUUGUGCAUACAGAUGGUUUUUUCAUACAGAUGGUUUUCGAGAAUGUUCGACAAGUCAUAUUUGGAACCAAGCUUUUCGUGCUUUUUCCGGCCAUUCCAAUGGCGUUUGUCGCUCAACGUUACAGUUACGGUAGACCAUGGAUUUUUGCUUUGAGUUUGAUUAGGCUUACUCCACUUGCGGAACGUCUGAGCUUUCUAACAGAACAAAUUGCAUACUUCACAGGCCCUACAGGUAAACUUCUAAUUGCUUUUAUGAUGAUCCACUUGGCAAAUAAUUCCAUGCAUGGAACCAUAUAUUUUGGUCUUUAAUUUUAUUUUGAUGAUUUCUUUUACCAAAUUCUCUUUAGCUUUCCAGUGUUAGGUUACAGUUUUAUAGACUUAUCGAUCAUUUGAUCGAACAAGUACAUAGCUGUUUUUGAUCGGUGAGUCUAAAUGAACUCUUUCCAUAUCUAUAAGAUGGUUUUUACUUGUUUGUAGCUACAUGUUUUUAGCUAAUCAAAGAAAUAUAAGCUUUACUAUUGUGGUUUGCAAUGAGAAACUAACUACAAUAAUUUGAAAUUUAUAUAUGCCGUAUCGGGAAAGUGUUUAUCACUUAGGGGGUGUUUAUUGGAGGUAUUAAGCAGUAAAUAAUGAGAUUGAAAAUAAAAGAGGCUGUUUGGUUUAUAUAAUAUAAUGAACCCAUUCUCUAAAACCCAUUCUAUUAUAAUAUAAUGAACCCAAUAACCCAUUCUCUAAAACCCAUUCUAUUAUGUAUGGUUGUAGAUAAUUAGGCGGAUGUUGGUUUGGUGAUGAAUUUGUUUGUUAAAUGAAUAUAUGUUUAGAAUUUGUUUGUUACACAUGCCUCACUAAUUACCUUUAUACUUAUUUCAGAUGAACAAUUAAG